CGUGCUGUCGUAGCCUGUUUAGCGGCCCGUCAUCCUCUGAAAUUCAGCUGUUCAUUUACAGGUUAAAUACACGAAGAAUUAACUGCACAGGUCUGAACGAGACGCAAACGCUAAGAGGAAUCCUGCCGAUAAGAGAAUUACGCGUGAAUAAACGAAGAGAGACUACAUAAACAUGCCUGGCCCUGCAGCAAGUGCGACCAAUGUCGGCGCCUCCAGUCGCUCCCCCAGCAAAGCUGUUGCUUCCAGAGCUGCUGGCUCCACCGUCAGACAGAGGAAAGCCACCAGCAGUGGAACAAGGAGUGCAGGCCGUGCAUCCUCUGCAGGCACAGGAGGAAUGUGGAGGUUCUACACUGAGGACUCCCCUGGUCUCAAAGUUGGCCCAGUUCCAGUGCUGGUCAUGAGCCUGCUCUUUAUCGCAUCAGUAUUCAUGCUUCACAUCUGGGGCAAAUACACCCGCUCAUAAACUAGUGAACUGCACCACCUUCUCCCUCCACGCCUGCCAUCUUAACAUUUAUUUGACCUGGACCAAUUAUUAUAAUUGAAUUCAAUGACUAAAACAUUGUGGCUCUAAUUAUUGAGAGUUGGAAAAUGAACACUACCCCUCCAGAUUGUACAAAAAAGCAGUUUAUUGGAUGUUUUUUUUUAACAAAGCAUUUCUACACCCGUACCACUCUCCAGUCUUUAGCUCCUGUUCGUUUGACCAAGAAGAAUGACCUUUUCUGUAUACAAAGUUUGUACAAUCUGUAAUGUAUUGCUGUACAAUAAAUAUUCUCUGUUUUAUA